CCGGGGUGGAAAAAGCAAUUUGCUUUCCUCAAACACAAGACAGGCACUCGAUACAUGGCCGAAGAGACUGAGCCCGCGCCUGAGGUCACCGACUCCGCCGCGGGCCUCCUUUCCCAAGCACGGCAGCUCGUUCCCGAGGCCCUCGCCGAAGCUCGCGCCGCCGCUGGCUUCCCGGCGCGAUGGAGCUCCAUCGCUUCCAAGAUCGAGCGCGUCGCCCCCUCUCUCUCCGACCUCUCCAGCCUUCCCUCCUUCUCCAGGAACGCGCUCUGCUGGGAACUGCUCCAGUCAGUGACCAUCGCCCUCCGCGACGCCAUCGGUCUCGCCUGCCGCAGCGGCGCUCCCUCAGGGAAGCUCCAAAUGCAGAGCGACCUCGAUGCUGUUUCCAGUGAGCUAGACCUCGUGCUCGAUGACUGCGCGCUGCUGGUGAAGACCGGUGUGCUUGACGAUUCGGCCGCCGCCGCCGCCGCUGCGCCUCACUCACUCGACAAAAUACGCGUGCUGCUCGCGCGCUUGCAGAUCGGGCACGCGGAGGCCAAGCACCGGGCGGUGGACGCCCUCCUGGAAGCGAUGAGGGAGGACGAGAGGAGCGUGACGACCGCUCUCGGGCGAAGCAACGUCUCGGCUCUCAUACGCUUGCUCGGAUCCACCUCCGUCAAGAUCAAGGAGAAGGCGGCCACUGCUAUCUGCUUGCUGGCCGAGUCCGGUAGCUGCGAGAAUCUCAUUGUUUCAGAGGCCGUGCUUCCUCCUCUGAUUCGGCUAUCAGAAUCCGGGAGCUUGAUUUGUCGACAGAAAGCCUUAACUUCGCUGCAGAGACUAUCCGUCUCCACCGAAACCGCACGAUCCAUAGUUGGCCAUGGAGGUGUUCGACCUCUGGUCGAUGUUUGUCAGGCAGGGGACUCGAUUUGCCAAUCGGCCGCCUCUGGCACUCUGAAGAAUCUCUCCGCCGUGCCGGAGGUCCGUCAGACGUUGGUGGAAGAAGGCACUAUCUGUGUCAUGAUCGACCUCCUCAACCGCGGAAUUGUUCUUAGUUCCAAAGAGCACGCCGCGGAGUGCUUGCUCAAUCUCACUGCGAGCAACGACGCCUCGAGGAGGCUCGUCGUAGAGGAGGGCGGAGCUCCCAGCCUCUUAGCCUUCCUGGACGGCCCGCUGCCGAAGGAACCCGCCGUCGGUGCAUUGCGGAACUUGAUCGGCGCCGCCACCGUCGACAGCCUCGUGUCCCUCGGUCUCCUCCCCCGGCUGCUUCACGUGCUCAGGGACGGCUCUCUCGGCGCGCAGCAAGCCGCCGCAUCCAUCAUUUGCCGAAUUUCCAAUUCCAACGAGGCGAAGAGAUCCAUUGGCGAGCUGGGUUGCCUUCCUCUGCUCGCCACAAUGCUCGAAGCCAUAACAAACACGGCGAGGGAGGUCGCAGCUCAGGCCAUCGCCGGACUCAUCAGCCUUCCGCAGAACAAAAGCGAGCUCAAGAAGGAUGACAAGACCGUGAUCGUUCUAGUCCGCUUGCUGGAUCCGAAUCCUCAGAACACAGCAACAAAAUAUGCAAUCUCUUGCCUUCAGUCCUUGUCAUCGAGCAAGAGGUGCAGGAAGCUGAUGCUCUCUUACGGUGCAGCUGGAUCCCUCGAGAAGCUGGCUGAAGUAGACAUGGCUGGCGCCAAAAAACUGCUCAAAAGAUUGGAGAAGAACAAGUUGAGGAACUUGUUCAUCAGAAAAACAGGCAGAUAUGUUCUACCUUAAUCUUAGUACAUUUGCUGCCCUCGCACUGUCAAUAUGUACUCAAUCAGUAUUCGCGUGCUGAACAUAUGAGAUUAAGAUUCCAAUCA